AAAUCACUAAUUGCCAAGGAUAAAGGGUGUUCUCCAUGUGCCCUUUUGAAUAACAAAACAUUCUCUAAGGUAAAAAAUACUUCCAUUCCUUCAAACUCUUUUCUUUUCUUGUGUUGAGCCUUAAAAAGAGUCUUCAUUCAUUUUAUGCAUAAUUCAUCACAUUCUUUACAAUGGAAGUCUCAAGCAAGAUUCUGAGAAGAUCAAUCUACACAUUCCUUCAAAACUAUCACUAUUUCACUUCAACAGCAGCAUUUCUAGCCAUUCCAUUCUCAGCCUCAAUACUCAUUUCUUCUUCUUUUUCUUGUGCUUCUUCCUCAUCAAUCAUGCUUCAUGUAUUCAAUCAUCUCAAGGCUCUAUUCUCUGCUGCAGGGUUUCCAUCAUCAUCACAGUUCUUCUCAAUUCUCAACCUCAAAGUCUCUCAAACAAUCACUUCCUCAAUCUUCACCCUUCCAUUCACACUCACUUUUCUCCUCAUUGCAAAAGCAUCAGUAAUUCAAGCACUUAGCAAUAACCAAAAACCAAUCAUAACAAUUCCACCAUCCUUUACUUGUAUAUUCUCACAUUACAAGCCACUUUUACACACUUAUUUUCACAAUUCUUUCUUUAUCCUCUCAGCAAAUGCAACUUCCUUUUGCCUUCUUUUCCUGGCCUUCGCCGUCACGGAAGGCCUCGGCUACUCCUCCUCCCGGAGCUGCUCGACUCUCCUGUCGGCGGCGGGGGCCAUUCUCUUCUCGGUGAUACUUGCCAAUGCGCUUGUGAUAUGCAACAUGGCACUCACACUCUCUGGCAUGGAGGGAAAAGGUGGAUACAUGGCGAUUCUGAAAGCAUGUGUUCUUCUAAGGGGAAGGACAUCAAUGGCUCUGUUCUUGGCUCUGCCUGCGAAUGCCGGGCUGGCCGCCAUUGAAGCAUUGUUCCAAAUAAGGAUUGUAAGAAAUUAUGAGAUUGGUGGGAAGCUGUGGCCUUGGAUUGCUUUAGAGGGCAUUCUCAUCGCUUAUUUGUACUCUAUUUUCAUCAUACUUGAUACAAUUGUGAGCUGCAUUUUCUACAAAAGCUGCAAGAUAGCAGCAUCAUUGGUUGAUCAAGAAGACCAGAAUCUGUUGACUGCUGAAUUCACAGGUUACUUGGGGAACAAGAAUUUUGACGAGCUACCUUGAGUAACAAGAUAGCAUGUUUUUUUGUUGGAAUUUUCAGAUAUUCAGAGAGGGAAGAAGGAAUUCUUUUUAUUCCAUCAAUUUAUUAUCAUUGUACAUUGGAUCUUUUACAGUGUGAAUAAUAUAUGAAGCCUUCUGUUUAUUUAUUUA